UGCUGCACUUACAGUCUCAGGCAACAGAAUCCUGUCUUUCCAUGGCAGCACAAGGAGGGAAUCCCCGGGUCUUACCUCGCAAUUGAUCAAUUUGCAUUUUUCAUUCCAUUCGCUGCCUCGGACGUAUGUGCUGCUGCCGACAUAGUCCUCAUAACACUAACAGACUGCUCUAAAAAAGAAAGAAAUUGGCAUCCCAAUGCAAACUAUUCUGUACAAUUCGAGUGCACAAGAAUUUUUAAUAUACUUCGCAAGCUGAACAAUCAACAACUGCUUUUCUUUCAUGAGGUGCGUGCUUUUCUCUGUUCCUGCUAUAAAACUCGCCACAUUUUUACAGGCUUUUUUGAGACUUUAUCACAAGAAACGGAUUUACGGUCUCAUCCUCUGUUCUUUCAGCCAGCCACCAAGCGAGUUCGACAUGGCACUGAGCGGGACACUACCUUCCAUUGCCACCUUUGCCACCGGCACUAGUGUCAAGGAUACAUCAUCUGGACAGGGAGUCUCUAGCAAUAGAUGGAAACAGGAGAUGUCUCACCUGAAGAGAACCGGUGUCUCCGCUGGUCGAGUCUAUGAAAGACAAGACCGGGACCUUUCGAGUACAAUGACCAAAAAGGAAUCUGAGGACCUUGAGCUACUGGACUAUGACUUUAUAUUAUCAAACACCAUGCAUCAGCAGGAACCAGUGACCUCCACAUCAAGAAACGUGGCCACCUCCCCUGGCACUUAUACUUACCAACUGCCUUCGCCACAAGACACUGCCAGUGAUGUGAUGUUCAGCAGGGAUUCCUCGUCCGCUUUCACCAUUCCAGAUAUUAGUGAUGUUUCUCCCUCAGGUGGCUUUGUGGCUGAGCUCAUGAGGCCCGAAUUGGACCCUGCAUACUUGCAUCCCACGAGCCUCCAAGGGAAGUUUGUGGUAAAAACAACAAUGGACAUGGGGGACUACAGCCAGACCAUUAACGUAAACAAAAGCGCUACUGGCAUGGACAGCACAUUGCCUUUCAGGAUCAAACAAGAGAACACCAGUACUUGCACAGUUACACUGCCAAUGGAUGUCCAUCUUGGAAGUAACCCGGCCCACGUAAAUAGCCAAAGAUCACCACUAGAACAGCCUGAUUUUACCAUGAGGCAGCCUGUGGCCAAAAGACCUGGACCAUCCCUUGGCCCCGAGGAAGUCAUGAAUAGAGAACGACAUAUCUCACCUCAGGUUUUAAAUCACCCACCACUGCCACUGCCACAAGGUUACCAUGCACCUAGCAACUACCCUUCUUUCCAGCAACAGCUUCCACUCCAGUACCAAGGUCAGUUAUAUAUAAAUGUUUUUAAAGGUCCUUUAAACAGUCCACAUUUGGUUGAAGGGGCGAUGCUGACUCCACCCUCUUCACCUUUAGAGCUCAUGUCUCCAGGAAGCUGCAUGGCGGAAGAACCCAAGCCAAAAAGAGGUCGUCGGUCCUGGCCCAGGAAAAGGAUAGCAACACACACGUGCGACUAUGCAGGCUGUGGAAAGACUUACACCAAGAGUUCCCAUCUCAAGGCACAUCAUCGAACUCAUACAGGGGAGAAGCCUUAUCACUGUGAUUGGGAGGGAUGCGGCUGGAAGUUUGCCCGCUCAGAUGAACUGACUCGCCACUACAGGAAACAUACUGGACAUCGCCCCUUCCAGUGUCAGAAAUGUGACCGUGCCUUUUCAAGGUCAGACCAUUUGGCACUACACAUGAAACGACACUUAUAAGCAGGAGAAGAUUUAAAAAAAAAUGUUUAUAAUACACACUGCCUAAAGACACUCCGCAUUGUGCAAGACAAGCCAUGUCUUCCAUGGUAAUGAACAUAUACCAGCGCUUUAUCUUUAAAUAUUACCAGACAAGUCUUUCAAAGACUGGGAAUACAGUAUCAGUCAUUUCAAAGGUAUGUCUCGACUCAAGGGAGACCAUCUUUUCAACUGGAACAAAAUUUACCUUGACAAGACUUGGAAUACCAGGUGCUAAAGGAUAACUGGAAAAUAUGGAUAUCAGGGCAAGAAAAAUGACUUUUGAAAGAUUUUUGAUAUAUGCAUUCCCUGGAACUUGGUUUCAUAGCAGUGUAUUAGACUUAUAUUUUUGUACUGGUUAAGAGAGCCAUACAUUUAAUGUAUGUAAUCCUGCUAGAUGGUGCUCAGUGUCUUAAAUAUUAUUAAAGGUACCAAAGGAAAAAGGAAGCCAUUGUUCUCUUAAGUGCCACAUGCUUGUCAGGGAGGUGACCUCUUCCAGCCCACAGGCUUGACAACAGUCAGGUAAAGGUUUCUCAUUGACAAUCUUAAAUGCACUGUGGUUCCAAUGUGCAAUAACUUGUAAAGUCAUUAAUACAUUUUAAAAUCUUACCACAGAACAGUCUUUUUUUAUCCUUGACAGUACUUCGACAAAAUAAUUAUGUAAUAUAAAUUUUAAGUGAUGUUCAGUUUUGUACAUUUGUAAAUAUAAAUUGUUCUGAAAAUGCGUAUUUUAUGUAUUCUGAAACUAUGUUCCAAAAUAAAAUAACAGUAUUUAAGGAGAGUGAAUUGAUAUUUCUUUAAACUGGUUCAGAGAUAAAUGGGUUUUAUAACUGGUUGAUACAGGGUAUUAACCAUUUCGACACUGGGAUUGUUAUUUCAGACAUGAUAAUAUAAGCUUCAAUAAAACUUAUUGG